UUUUUGGGUAAAAAGGUGUUUUGUGUUUUUAUUAAUGUAAAUAACUAGAUAAGGUCGCGCAUGUUAUCACGUAAUCAGUCAGACCGUGUUUACUGUGAGCUGACAAUUCUGUAGGCACUACUGUAGGCUGUUGUAGGUAAGCCACGACAUGUGAUGUUUUGUUGUUGUAUUGACUAACGUCUCGGCCCGGCCAGGUCUCUGUUACGACAUUGAUCUAAGGCUAAAAAUGGCAUAUUUUGUUAUUUCAGACCUGGAACUGGAAUGCCAUUCAAGGUUUUAUAGAGUUUUACUUCUUGGCCAAUUAUUCUCUCAACAGUCUUGCUACACUUUGAACACUAGGCCUAUGCUGCAUGAUGCAUGCUUAGACCUGGAAUGGCAUUCAAUGUUUUAUAGUUUUACUUCUUGGCCAAUCAUUCUCUCAACAGUCUUGCUACACUUUGAACACUAGGCCUAUGCUGCAUGAUGCAUGCUUAGACCUGGAAUGGCAUUCAAUGUUUUAUAGUUUUACUUCUUGGCCAAUUAUUCUCUCAACAGUCUUGCUACACUUUGAACACUAGGCCUAUGCUGCAUGAUGCAUGCUUCGAUGAAAUUCUUUGCGUAGGUUUAUUAGGAUGGAAAUGCCAAUAACCAGUAGCGGCAGUUAACAGAGAGUGUGAGGAUUGAGGAGAGGGAUGGUCGGGGUGGGGGUGGAGGUGGGGUGUUGUCAGUGCUGACAAAUGUAAGUCCUCAGCCAUAUAAUUUUAUAUAAUAAUUGAUGACUAUUUUUUUUAAAAAUAUAUAAAUGGCCUUUCAAUUAUACCCCCUUCCAAUAUGUUCACCUAAACACACAAAAACAACAACAACAAAAAAAAAGAACAAAAAAAACCUUACCAUUCAAGAGUGAUUAUUUACCUAGUGCUUGUUCAGUGAUAAUAUUGAUUGCUUCUCUAGGCUCAUCGUACCGCUCAUCGUAACGCUCAUUGUACCGCGCAUCCUCUUGGAUUUGAUAGAAGAUUCAGGCGCCAUGGAACCAGAGGACCCAACAUCCAUUACCUGGCUGUUUUCAAGUGUGUCCUUCUACCUUCUAUUGUCAACCAUUGUGGCUGCAAUUUACCUGAUCUAUAGCCAGGUGACUGACACGGAGACCUGGGAGAAGUAUGGCGUUAAGCAGGUCAACAUGGGGCUGGUCAAUCUCAGGUAAACAUUUCAAUAGUUUCUCUUUAAAAUUUUGUGUCUGCCUGCUUCUAUAUUUAAUAUUUAAAAAUGCCCUGAAACCAAAAACUACACAGCUACCUUAUUCAAAGGCCAAUAUUUAAUUUUCUAAUGGAAUCACUACUUUGCAGUUGGCAGAAAUUCUGGUUACACUACUUUGUCUGGAGUUGGCAGACAUUCCGGUUACACUACUUUGUCUGGAGUUGGCAGACAUUCUGGUUACACUACUUUGUCUGGAGUUGGCAGGCAUUCUGGUUACACUACUUUGUCUGGAGUUGGCAGACAUUCUGGUUACACUACUUUGUCUGUAGUUAGCAGACAUUCUGGUUACACUACUUUGUCUGGAGUUAGCAUACAUUCUGUGUUCACUACUGUGUCUGAGAGUUGGCAGACAUUCUGGUUACACUACUUUGUCUGGAGUUGGCAGACAUUCUGGUUACACUACUUUGUCUGGAGUUGGCAGACAUUCUGGUUACACUACUUUGUCUGGAGUUGGCAGACAUUCUGGGUACACUACUUUGUAUGGAGUUAGCAGACAUUCUGGUUACACUAGUUUUUCUGGAGUUGGCAGACAUUCUGGUUACCAUACUUUGUCUGUAGUUGGCAGACAUUCUGGUUACACUACUUUGUCUGGAGUUGGCAGACAUUCUGGUUACCAUACUUUGUCUGGAGUUGGCAGGCAUUCUGUCUCCAAUGAUAUUUCUGUUGUCAACUUAAAAGCCUAUUUUUAAAUGGAGAUCAUCCUAAGUAUCAUUUGGACAUCUUGGCAUGUUUUUUUACCUAAAGUUUGAGACAAGGCAUGCAUCUAACGUUGUUGACUCAUAAAUUUCAUCUAGGAGUCAUGAAUCUGAUGUUAGAGAUCUUGGAGUUGGUGGAAAAAGACACACACACACACACAUAUAUCUUGUCUUAUAGUAACACCAGUUUCUCUUAUUUUAUCAUAUUUCUACAUGAGGGAUUUUGAUAUUGUUGAGAUGACAUUUAAAUGGAUAUUCUAGAAUGUCCUCACCAACUUGAAAGGAAUGGAAGACAAGAAAUUCAAGAAUCAAAUUGAAAUGUUGGAACAAUUAAAUGGUCCUUAAUUUUACCUAAAGUUAAGUUCAAACAGAGAAUGCGUUUAUUUCAGCUCAAUAUUUUCACUGUAACCUGUUAAACGUCACAAUAGCACACAGUUCCAACGCUGCUUGUUGUGUUUAUAUAGUUGUAUUAUCACUCCCAACUGUACAGAGUUUUAAUUGAAAUCUGGUUUCAGGGAUGGUUUUGAAAAACUUUUGGAAGAGCAUGGGGACACAGUUGGUUUGAAACGUGGACCGAUGCUGCUCCUGACCAAAGACUUGUCCAUCCUCAAGGAGGUGAUGAUCAAAGAUUUUAACAACUUUGCAGACAGGGUUGGAAACAUUAACACAUUGUCUGUAGUGGGCAAGGGAGUUUUUUUCCUACAAGGUCAAGACUGGAGGAGAAUACGCCACAUCAUCACCCCUUCUUUUAGGUAAUAUAAGCUGAGAUUUAAGGAAAAUAAAUAUACUUAUUAUAAUGUUACAAUAAUACUGCAAACAUUUUAUGAUGGAUUUAAUAUUUCCUGGUACAAAAUUUUAAUUCCAAAACAAAGAAAAACUCUAUUCUUAUUAUAUUGUAAUGUUACAUUUAAAAAUGCGAAAAGAUUCAUAGAAACCAGUAAGAACAAUGACCAGACGAGAAGACAAGAAGACAUUUCAAUAUUUUAUUAAAUUACCUCAUGUGUCAAUGUCCAUAUGAAUUACAUAGUUAACGCUUUCAAUAUUUUAUUCUAAUGCCUCAUGUAUCAGUGUCCUUAUGUAGCACUUAUUAACACUUGAAAACUUUUAAAAGUGCAUACAUUUGAAGUAUUUUUGAUACUAUAAUCAACAAGCACAUUAUUUUUAUUAACAAAAUUAUAUCCAGCAAAAUCUAAUAUAGGCCUAUUUAUAAAAUCUCAGUCAUAUAAGAAUACUAUUAAGUCUAAUGUUAUCCUAAAGAACUUAGUCUUUUUUCCAAAAUAUUUCAUGUCCUACACCAUGUCUAAUGAUAUCCUAAUCAAUUCACUUGUCAGAUUCAGUGCUCCUCAAAAUAAGAAGGUCUAUGAACUAAAUUGCAAAUAAGGUUUCUUUUUUUUUAAACCUCAGCUCUGGUAAACUCAAACAUUAUGCACUGACCGUAGAUGAACGUGCCAGCAAACUGACCAAGGUCCUAGAGGACUAUGCCAGGAAGGAUAUGCUUGUGCCCAUAAAGGACACAACUGGCCAGUACACGAGCGAGAUUAUUGCCAAGACGGCCUUUGGGUUCAACACGGACUGUCUGGGCAAGGAGGACGAUGAGUUCACCUACUACUGUAAGAAUAUCUUUAAAAUAAGAAACAAAGUCAUGUCCAAGGUGAUGCUGUUCUUCUUCAGAUACACAUCUAUCCACAAGUUUUUUGUGAAGGUGGGUCUUAAAACUAGUAUUUGCUGCUGCUUUGCAAUAAUUAUGCUUAAAUUAUCAAAUAUUCUUUGUAAUAUUAUGUCUGAAUUUAGUACAAUCUUUUGAUUCAGUAAGUGAAAUUUUUCUUCAAUGUAUUUAUAUACGUGAUCAUAAUUUUAAAAUCUUUUGCAUAGAUCAUUGGAUAGAGUUCUUUUCUCAAAAUUAAUUUUUCAUAUUUUCAACCCGUCAACAAUUCACACAAUGCACAGUUUGCCAUUUUUUUUUUAAACAGACUUUAAAAAUUAAACUGUUUGAUGGAGCGAGGUCAGAUGCUGAUACGUAUUUUAAGACAAUUCUUAAAAACUCAAUAGAGGAAAGGAAAGAGCAACAGCAGAAAGGUCAGAAACAGCCAGCUGACCUGCUACAGAGUUUAAUUCAGGCUAGGAUUGCUGAUGACCUAAUUAAGCAAGAAGGUAUUAAAAAGAAAUGAAAGAAUUGUAUAUUUUUCCAUUGAUUAUUGUUAUAAAAUGUAUUAACCAAUUUUAAGAGUGUUGGACUGUGCUAAAGCAUUAAAGUAGAUUAAUUAGACAUGUUAAAGUAGAUUAAUUAGACACAAACAAUUGUGUAAAUAAAAUAAUAUACUUUCAGCUUUAAUAGCGGUCAUACAGAAUACAAAUGUAAACGUUCCGGAAAACGCCUUCAUCAGAACAAAAAAAUUCAUAUAAGUAUACAUUAAAUAUUACAUAAGAUAUAUUUACAAGUAUCCUACCAAAAAAAGGAGAGAAUAGAAUAAGAGAGAGUGUUAAUUCCAUCAAUUGUAAUCUGUGAUGAACAAUUUGAAUUAUAAAAUAGUAAAAAGAAUUUGUCUAUAAUUAAUUUCCUUAGAGGGCACGACGGAAGAUGCCAAGCAAACCAAUGGUCAUAAUUGGGACAAACUUCCCAAGACUAUGUCAGAGGAGGAGCUGAUGGGUCAGUCCAUGUUGAUCAUGUUUGCUGGGUUUGAGACUACUGCCACAACACUAAUGAUGUGUCUUCAUUUACUGGCCAAACAUCCAGAUACUCAAGUAAGGGAUUAUAUUAGUUUUUGAAGGAGCAACUGUGGGUUGCUUUGUACUGGUUGUGUAUAUAUUGAUGAAGAAAAAAUGUUACUUUCUAAAGUAUUUGGGUUUUAUCAGAAAACCAUUAAAUAACAGUUUUAUAGAUUUUGUUAAAGAGACAGUGACAAGUAGUUUAUAAAUCUUAGAUAAUUUAUCAUCAUUUGAAAUCCAAUUAUAAAUCAAUUAAUUUUUGGCAUAAAAUUACACCAUUUUGUUUUAAUUUUUCUUUUUAAGAUGUGUUAAAUAUCUCUUAAUAGCAGGUAAAUUAUUUAAUGCAAAAAGUUUUCAAAAAAAUGUUGCAGAGGCUUAAUAACAUAUUCUAAUUUAAAAUAUUUUAAUUUGAGAAUCUUGUUAGCUUAAACUAUGCAAUUUAGACCAUUUUAUACUCAUAUAAUAUUUUUAUCUCUUAUUGCAUUACAUAAUUAUUUAUUUUUUGCUUUAGGAAAAGAUGUAUGAAGAAAUAGAGAAUGUUGUUCAGUCUGAGUCCCCAACGUAUGAUGAGAUUGGACAGCUGACCUACAUGGAACAAGUCAUCAAUGAGACCCUGCGUUUGUAUCCUCCCGCUCCUAUCAUGUCCAGAAUGGCAGCUGAAACCAGAACCUAUGGCACCAUCACCAUCCCUAAAGGUGCAGGGGUCAUGAUCCCAAUAUUUGCAGUACUUAAAGACCCUAAGAAUUACCCGGACCCUGAAAAGUUUGAUCCCGAUAGGUUCUCAGAUGAGAACAAGGCAAAGAGGGACCCAAUGGCUUUCAUGGCAUUUGGAUUUGGUCCACGUAACUGCAUUGGAAUGAGAUUGGCAUAUUUGGAACUGAAAAUGGCUUUGGCCCACAUUAUAAGGAAAGUACGUUUUGAACUGAAUGAGAGAACUGAGCCCAAGAAAGGGGAAGAGCUUGUGGUAAAAAACCAGGGGCUUCUACGUAUAGACAAACCCAUUAAGUUGGCUGUCAAGCUGAGGCACUGAAAUCUUGUUAUUCAUACGAGGCAGAAUUUUUUUUUUAUAUACAAAUAGUAUUUUAUUAACAUGAAUUCUCAACUUGAAAAUAUUUUUUUUCACUAUAUUAAAAUUGUGCAAUUAUAAAAUACAAUUUGAUAUCUCACCCAAGUAUUUUAAAGUUAAAGUGAUCAGAAAUAGUUUAUUAGCUGGUAUAUAAUUUUGUUCUUAGAUUGAUAACUUUCUAUGUUGAACAGCACAUAUUAUUAUGCAAGAAAAAAUUAAAAUGUAUACAGUACACAAAAAAUGUUAUAAGCUUAGAGCCAGAUUUUAUAAGCUUAGAGCCAGAUUUUAUAAGCUUAGAGCCAGAUUUUAUAAGCUUAGAGCCAGAU